AUGUUGUUCUCCUCACAGGCAAUAUACGAACGCCUUUUUGGUUGGAUUGUUACUCGCAUCAAUGAUAUUAUUGAGGUCAAGAACUAUGACACCACAGUCCGUGGGAAAAACACUGUUAUCGGUGUCUUGGAUAUCUAUGGCUUUGAAAUCUUUGACAACAACAGCUUUGAACAGUUCUGCAUCAACUACUGCAACGAGAAACUGCAGCAGCUCUUCAUUCAGCUGGUUCUGAAGCAAGAACAGGAGGAGUACCAGCGGGAGGGCAUCCCCUGGGAGCACAUCGAUUACUUCAACAAUCAGAUCAUCGUGGACCUUGUGGAGCAGCAGCACAAGGGGAUCAUUGCAAUCCUGGACGAUGCCUGCAUGAACGUUGGCAAAGUCACUGACGAAAUGUUCCUCGAAGCACUUAACAGUAAACUGGGCAAACAUGGCCAUUUUUCCAGCCGAAAGAUCUGCGCCUCAGACAAAAUCCUGGAGUUUGAUCGAGAUUUUCGAAUUCGACAUUACGCAGGUGAUGUAGUCUAUUCAGUCAUUGGAUUUAUUGACAAAAAUAAAGACACUUUAUUUCAAGAUUUCAAGCGCCUCCUGUAUAACAGUUCCAAUCCUGUGCUGAAGAAUAUGUGGCCCGAAGGCAAACUGAGUAUUUCGGAGGUGACCAAGCGACCUCUGACCGCUGCCACCUUGUUUAAGAAUUCGAUGAUUGCUUUAGUGGACAACCUUGCAUCAAAGGUAACUUUUCUUCUCCGCAUAUCCAUUUUAUGGCCACUUUCGAUGGUCGUUGGCUCCGCUUGCUGCCAUAGGUUCCUUCUUGAUAUAUGUUGUAGAAAAUGUAUGUGUGAUUUGCUUUUUAGGUAA